AUGUUUCCCGCCAUACAGCUUCUAAUGGCUACGAUCCCUCUUCUCGCUUCCAGUCUGCCUCUUAAUUCACCUCUACUGCAAAGCUACGACUACAUCGUUGUCGGAGGAGGACCAGGUGGCCUAGUCGUCGCCAAUCGCCUCUCGGAGGAUCCUUCCAUCAAUGUUCUUCUGCUGGAAGCAGGUCCAGCAGACCGACGAGAAGACGCUGUUCAGGUGCCCGGACUGGUCGGCACUACGGUUGGUAGUUUGUACGACUGGAACCUCUCAACUGUUGCACAAGAGCAUUUGGAUGGGCUACCUCGCAAGAUACCGCAAGGUCAUGCUUUGGGAGGGGGCACCAUAAUCAACGGAAUGCUUUGGUAUCGCGGCAACGUCGCAGACUAUACGGAUUGGGUACAGCUAGGCAAUCCGGGAUGGGGCUGGGACGAUUUGCUGCCAUAUUUCAAGAAGAGUGAAACAUAUACCCCAGAGCCGUCGCCAGAUAUUGCACAACAAUAUUCGAUCUUUGAAAAAAGCGAAGUUCACGGCUUCCAGGGACCAGUCAACGUGAGUACUGGCCAGCAUGUUACAGCUGUCCUCUUUGAUGGCCGCGCCAUCCAGAAUGUUUCCUCGCCGCCAGGGACUUUACAUGGGCAAGGUCAUUCUCCUAUGGCUGGUGCUAGUAUGUUCGGCAGCGGCACGACUUUGAAUGUACCUGGCGGCCACGGAGACGAUGGCUCUCUGGGACUGAUACGCAGAAGUUUGCGACUUACGUCCCACUCUAAGAAGCAAGAUACGACAGCCACAGACCCUCGCCUGGUUGCGCGUGGCGUCGAAUUCGCCCCAAGCAUACAUAGUCCUCGAUUCCAAGUACAGGCAACUCGCGAAGUGAUUCUCUCUGCAGGCGCCAUACAUACACCGCAACUCCUCAUGCUGUCUGGCAUCGGGCCCGCUGCAGCACUCGAUCGCAUGGGAGUCUCUGUUAACAUCGAUCUGCCUGGCGUUGGUUCUAAUCUCCAGGAUCAUGCUCAAGUCUGGAAUUUCUAUCCAUACGGAAAUGACUCUGUCCAGUAUUCAGACAGUCUCCGAAAUGCGACCAUAGCUCGUUUGGCUUGGGACCAAUAUCGUUCCAAUGCUUCUGGUCCGCUUACAAGUACCGCAGUCGGUGGCGUUGCCUUUCCUGCUUUGCCCAUCGUCGUGAACGGAUCGACGGACAUUGCACUGAAAGCAAUAUCGCAGCCGCCGGAUCAGUACCUUGCACCAGGAACACAUGCCGAUGUGAUUGCUGGCUUCCAACGACAACAAGGUCUCAUGGCUACAGCACUCCUGGAUGGCAGCCGAGCCGCUUAUGAGAUCAUCAAUGGCAACGACGGUGUCCUCACCGUCUCAACGAUGAAAUCAUUCUCGCGGGGCAGCGUUUCCCUCAAUUCAACGCAACCUUUUGAUCCGCCUUCGAUUGAUCCCCGCUAUGGCAGCGAUCCAACCGAUGUGGCCAUCCUCAAAACUGCUCUUCAAUUCAAUCUCCGACUGCUAUCUACUCCAGCGCUGUCACAGCUACAACCGCGCCCAUUGUUCCCCUCGCCAAACGCCACCGAUGACGAACUCGAAACAUAUAUCCGAAGGCACAUCCAGACAGAGUACCACCCAAGCGGCACAGCUGCCAUGAUGCCACUCGAGCUUGGCGGUGUUGUCGACCCUGCUCUUCGAGUAUGGGGAACGGCGAAUCUUCGGGUCGUGGAUGCCAGUGUCUUUCCACUUCUACCUGCUGCGCAUCUACAAGCCGUGGUCUACGGCGUCGCUGAGAAGGCAGCCGACUUAAUCAAAGCCGCGCAGAUCGAUAGAUCCUCCAUGGCUCCACAAGUCCCUACCGCAGGAUCGCAGUAUGCUAACUCCAUCGUGGCGGUUACCAACACUCUGGGCAAUACAUCAGACGUUGUCGAUACGAGUGCUGCGGCAAUCACGCCACUGCCUGGUAAAACGUCAGAUAUGCCGUCAACAAUAUGGCAGACCCGGACGACAUUUGUGACGGUGUACGUCACAGCGAGUGCAUAG